AUGCGCCACUUCGCCGCGCGCCGCGCCUCGGCCGCCGCGGGGAACGGGGACGAGGAUAGCAGGUCGGACGAGGCCACGGCGCUGUCGGCGAUGCGGGUCCUGUCCCUGAUGAGCGGCGCUCAGGCGCAGGAGAUGAGGGCCCUGGAGCGGGAGUACGAGAUGGUGCUCGACGUCAACUGCAGAGCGUACGCGCUCUACCUCAAGAAGAUCCUCGACGCCGGCGAGACGUCGUUGAUGUCGUCAUCGCCACAGCCUCCUCCUCCAGAGCUCGUGUUCGGCGUCGGAGCCGAUGAAGAGGAUCACGGCGGCGACGACGACGACGCGCCGGAGAACGAUGAGUCUGCGAGCUCGCAGAGCGGCUUCCGGUACAAUCCGAUGUGGGCGGAGACGGAGGAGCCCGGUGAUCUUUACCCGCGGCGGCAGGGCGGCGGCAGAGGCCGGAGGGACCUCAUGAGGCCGCCGAGCCUGUACCCACAGCGUGUUCCGCCGCAUCUAAUAGUGCAGCAGCAGCAGCAGCAGUCGCCACCGGUGGGCAGAGGAAGCCCGGCGUCAAGGCUCCGAGCGGAUAACUCGCGGUUGCAGUCACCGGCAGCGCCCUCAGACGACAGCGUGGAGGACUCUUCCUCCGAGCUCGGCGCCGGCAAAGAGGAAAAGCGCCCGGCGUCGCCACCGUCGUUGUCCAAGCCGCGCCGAGCUCCGCCACGCCCGGGCGCCGACGACGCCCGGCUGUCUCCGGACCCCGCGAGGUCCCCGGUGCGCGGCGACGGCGACCCGCAGCCGCCGGAGACGCCGCAGCCGGCGGCGACGCCCAAGGACUUCGUGUGCCCCAUCACGAGCCAGUUGUUCGAGGACCCCGUGACUCUGGAGACCGGGCAGACCUACGAGCGGCGCGCCAUCCAGGAGUGGCUGGACCGCGGCAACGCCACCUGCCCCAUCACCCGCCACCGCCUCCACGGCGCGCAGCUCCCCAGCACCAACUACGUCCUCAAGCGCCUCAUCGCCGCCUGGCGCGACGACCAGAACCAGCCGCAGCUCAAGACCAUGGACAGCCCCGCGCCGACGCCGACGCCGCCGUUCAAGGCCAUCAGCUCGCCGUCCCCGGACACCAGCGCCAGCCAGGCUAGUGCGGCGUCGCCCACCAGCGUCAUCGCGCAGGCCACCCUCGAGACCGCCGCCGGCGAGCUCCGCGCCGCCGUGGCCUGCCUCUGCACGUCCGAGGACCUGGCCGAGUCCGAGGAGUCGGUGCUUAGGAUUGAGCGCCUCUGGCGGGAGGCCGGGACCGAGCAUGCCGUGCUCGCCGCGCUGGCCAGGCCCGCAGUCAUCAACGGCUUCGUGGAGAUCCUCUUCAACUCCGUCAGCGCGCGGGUGCUCCAGGCCGCCGUCUUCCUCCUCGCCGAGCUCGCCUCCCGGGACGACGCCGUCGUGCAGACGCUCACCAGGGUCGACUCCGACGUCGACUGCCUCGUCGCGCUCUUCAAGAAAGGCCUGGUGGAGGCCGUGGCGCUCAUCUGCCUCCUGUCGCCCACGCCGGAGCAGCUAGUCGAGAUGGACAUGGCGGAGGCCCUCGUCUCCACCAUCCGGCGCGGCGACGACGAGGACCCCCCGCUCAGGAUGUGCAUCAAGCCCAAGGCCGCGUCGGUGAUCCUCCUCAGCCAGAUCCUUGCCGAGGCCGGCACGGACAGGGACAGCUCGACGUUGCCGGUGCCGAGGUCCGCGCUGCUGUCGGAGAGGUUCGUACGGAGCGUGGCCGUGAGCCUGGAAGCGGAGCAGGUGGAGGAGAGGCUGGCCGCCAUGCGCAUCCUGCUGCGCUGCAUCUGGGAGGACGGUCACUGCCGGAGCACCAUCGCCGACAAGGCCUCAUUGGGCGCCGUCCUCGACGCCUUCCACGCCGUCGGCGACGCAGACAAGUUCGACAUCGUGCGCUUCCUCUACGAGCUGCUUAAGCUCAAAAAGUAUGCGAGGUCGGCGGCGGAGCGUGUUCUCCGGACGAUCAAGGACGGCGGCUCCUUCAGCAGGAUGCACACCCUUCUCGUGCACCUGCAGUCCGCGCCGCCGGAGCACAGCCCUGUCGUUGCCGGACUACUUCUUCAGCUCGAUCUCUUGGUGGAGCCGAGGAAGAUAAGCAUGUACCGCGAGGAAGCGGUGGACUGCCUGAUCCAGUGCCUGAAGAACAGCGACUUCCCUCGGAGCCAGCUCCUCGCCGCCGAGACCAUCAUGUGCCUCCCGGGGAAGUUCUCGUCGUCGGGGAGGCCGCUCACCCGAUCCACGCUGCUCAAGCUGGCCAGGGUGAAGGAGAGGCACCGGCAGUCGCAGGACCUCAGCAUCGUCCGCGCCGACGCCGGCGAAGACGAGAUGGUAGGCCACGAAGAGAAGGCCGCCUCUGAAUGGGAGAGGAAGACGGCGUACGCGCUGGUGAGCCACGAGUUCGGGCUGGUGUUCGAGGCCCUGUCGGAGUGCCUCAGGAGCAAGAACGCCGAGCUGUUCACGACGAGCCUCGUGUGCGCCACCUGGCUCGUCUACAUGCUCUCCCUCCUCCCCGACACCGGCGUGCUCGGGGCGGCCAGGGUCUGCAUGCUCCGGCAGUUCGUCAUCGUCCUCCGCUCCGCCAAGCACGGCAGCGACCGGGUCCUAGCCAUGGUGGCGGUCAGGAGCUUCAUGAACGACCGGGAGGGGAUGCACGACAUCACGACGUACAUCAAGGACGUGCUCAAGACCCUGAGGGAGCUGAAGAAAUCGUCCGGCCUCGCGUUCGAGAUGCUCAAGCUGCUGUCAGACGGCCAGGAAUCCAGCGUGGACAUGUGGAAUCACAAGGAGAUCAACCAGGCAGACUGCAGCUCGAAUGGUGAAGUGACAUCGAUCGUUUACCUGAAGAACCACAUCUUCUCUGGCCACUCUGAUGGGACACUGAAGGUUGCUCUUUCACAGUUUCUAAAAAAUUUACUACUAGCAGUAUGGGAAGGAAGUGAAAACAUCCUUCGGCUUGUCCACGAGGCUCAGGAGCACACAAAAGCAAUCACUAGUUUAUCAGUCCUGCACUCGGAGGAGAAGCUCUACAGUGGAUCACUGGACAGGACCAUAAGGGUGUGGCAGCUCCGAGACGGCGUCCUCCAGUGCGUGGAGACCCAUGACACGAAAGACCCCGUGCAGAACCUGGCCGUGGCCAGCGCCAUGGCCUGCUUCGUGCCGCAAGGCGCAGGCGUUAAGUUGCUAAACUGGAACGGCAACUCCAAGCUGCUGAACGCCAACAAGUACGUGAGGUCCAUGGCGCUGGUGCACGGCAAGCUCUUCUGCGGCUGCAACGACAGCAGCAUCCAGGAAAUCGAUCUGGCGAGUGGCACGCUGGGCGUAAUCCAGUCCGGCAACAAGAGGAUCCUGGGCAAGGCGAACCCGAUAUACUCCCUGCAGGUUCAUGACGGAUUGCUCUACACUGGAAGCACUCCUUCCAUGGACGGCGCGUCAGUCAAGGUGUGGAACUGCGGCAACUACAACCUGGUCGGCUCGAUGCCGUCGUCGAUGGAGGCGCGGUCGCUGGUGGUCAGCGCGGACCUCAUCUAUGUAGGGUCCAGGAACGGCGCCGUGGAGAUCUGGUCGAGGGAGAAGCUCACCAGGAUCGGCACGCUGCAGGCCGGCGGGCCCAGCUGCCGCGUCCAGUGCAUGGCCGUCGACGGCGACGGAGACGUGCUGGUCGUCGGAACAUCGGACGGCAGGAUUCAGGCGUGGGGAUUGACCUGAGAAGACGCAGAUUGUUGGAUGCAGAAGAGGCACCGAACUGAUCGAUCAAAGGAUGGUGAAUAAGAUGAGGAAUUACGAUUGGGAAACUGACGAGAAUUGUUCUGAUUUUCUUUCUCCUGAAAGUGUACAUAUUGACCGAGUCCAUGAUACUGAACUACCACGGUCUUCUGCUCACUGAGUCACUGUAAUGCUUGCCGGAGCUUGUGAAGAAGAAGACCGGAGAA